GCUGCGCCGGCCCAAGGGGCCCGGGGUGCGCUUCUGGAAGUAAAGGUGGAGGACGAGCACAGUAAUAUCACCAGACCGGAUCAGAACCCGCGGAAAAACAACAUCCACAGCAGGGAGGUCUUCCGGCAGUACUUCAGGCACUUCUGCUACCAGGAGACCCCCGGGCCCCGCGAGGCACUGCGCCGGCUCCGCGAGCUGUGCCGCCAGUGGCUGAGCCCGGAAACACGCACCAAGGAGCAGAUCCUAGAGCUGCUGGUGCUGGAGCAGUUCCUGACCAUCCUGCCCGCGGAGCUCCAGGCCCGGGCGCGGGAGCAGCCGGAGAGCGGGGAGCAGGCGGUGGCCGCGCUGGAGGACCUGGAGAAGGAGCUGGACGAGCCGGGAGAGCAGAGUGAGUGUGUCUGCCGUGUUCCCGUCCACACGGAGCAACAGGACAUGCCCUUGCAGGACAUGGCCCUUCUGGGAACAGGAUUGGAUCCCAGCAUGUCCCUCCAUUCAGGGAUUUCCCAUCUGAAGUGUGAAUCUGCAGGACUUGGGGCCCAGCCGGAGGAGCAAGUUUCAGGUGUUGCGACUGGAAAUGAGUACAGGAAUUUAACUCUAAAGCAGGAAGCUUCUGAAGAAACAGCACCACACGGGAAUAUGUGUAGCGGAUUUGAAAGCAAAGUGUCCCAGCCAGCAAGGUGCAGAGAAGCUUACAGAUCUGAAGCAGAAACCAAAGAGUCUUCUGGACACUCGAGGGAAGGUGAACAGUCUGCAGGUGAUGAGAACAGAGUCCGUCUGACUGAACAGCAGAGGGUCUGUCCAGGAGAAAAAUCUCAUGAGUGCAGAGAGUGUGGAAAAGCCUUCAGUCAGCACUCGAAGCUCCUAGAACAUCAGAGGGUCCACACUGGAGACAGGCCCUACAAAUGUGAGGAGUGUGGAAAAACUUUCUGUGGGAGAACCAUGCUGAUUCGGCACAAAAUAAUGCCCACGGGAGAGAAACCGUAUAAAUGUAACGAGUGUGGCAAAGUUGGCCGCUGGUCCACUCUUAACCAGCAUCAGAGGCUCCGCGCAGGAGAGAAACACUACCACUGUGAGGAGUGCGGCAAAGCCUUCAGUCGGAAGGCAGGCCUCUUUCACCAUCUCAAGAUCCACACAAGAGACAAACCGUACCACUGUGCUCAGUGCAAUAAAAGUUUUAGUCGGCGUUCAGUACUGACUCAGCAUCAAGGAGUUCACACUGGGACAAAGCCCUAUGAGCGCAGCGAGUGCGGGAAAGCCUUUGUUUAUAACUCCUCCUUGGUUUCCCAACAGGAGAUCCACCACAAAGAAAAGUGCCAUCAGUGUCAGGAGUGUGGAAAAUCCUUCAGUCAGAACGGCCUCGUUCAGCAUCAGAGAAUCCACACCAGGGAGAAACCUUACAAGUGUGGCCUAUGUGCAAAAGCCUUUGUUCAUAGGAUGAGCCUCGUAGAGCACCAGCGAGUUCACACUGGAGAGAGACCGUACAAAUGUGAUAAGUGCGGAAAGGCCUUCACUCGGAGGUCAGUCCUCAAGGAGCAUCGGAGAACCCACACUGCAGAGAGGCCGUACAGGUGUGACGAGUGUGGGCACGCCUCCCGAGGCGUCACCAGCCUCAUCCAGCACCACAGGAUCCACACUGGGGAGAAACCCUACCGAUGUGACGAGUGUGGCAAAGCCUUCAGACAGAGGAAGAAGACUGACUACAAGGAACUACUUCUGAAAAACCAGUGUGAACCCCAAGCUGGAGCGAAUCUUCUCCUGAGCGCCCUCAUUCCAGAAUCGUGUCCCUCCUGUAGGAAAGUCCCUCACAGUGGCUGAUGGCAGAGGGAGAGAGCUGCCUGGGACCACACUGACAAGAAGUCAUGGAUACUCCUUCAGACUUGAAGUCGCCACUGCCAGGAGAUAGCCGCCUGGGCCUCCCCGGGGCUGUCAGAAGACUCGGAGCACUUUACCCACCGUGUGGAGACCAGAAGCAGACCAAGGGGCGGGUGCUGAGGCAGCUCCUGACACCUCCCCAGGGAGCUGCACACUUAGGCAGGGAUAAUACCUAGAACAUGGAGAAGAGGCAUCACUUAGGCUAGAGAAGUCGGAGAUGCCUGGAGGGCAAGCCAUCAGAUGGUGUCACUAAGAAUGAAAAUGAAGACUUGUUUCCAACACAAAACUCGGCGGAUGCUAAAGGCUGUGGCGCGAUCUCUCUAGAAGAGUGUCUAUGCAGCAAGUGUAGUAGCGGUGUUAGUAACGGGUGAGUCCUUAGCGUCAGGGAGUCCAAGUGCCGUAGGGAAUCUCCGUGAAGGCAACAGGUUGGGAAAGGCUUUUGUUUGUAGUGGGUCCCUGCUGUCCUGCCAGGAGAUCCACCACAAGGAAAAGUGCUCCAUGGGAGGAGUGUGGGCAUGCUCAACUGUCGUGGCCUUGUUCUACAUCAGAGAAUCCACAUUAACUCGAGAUGCCCAGAUGCAGUGACUGAGAGGAGGCCGUCAUUCAGCGCAGACCCUCAGCGAACCGCAGGCGAAGGAAAUGGGAGUGUCUUGACCCAGAGGUCAGGGCUGACCGCGCACCAGAGAGUCCACUUGUCACAUGAUGAAUGUGGUCAUGCUCUGCAUGGGGUCGCCAGCUCUAUCACUCAGCACUGGAGGAUUCACAUGAAAGAGAAACCCAAACAGUGUGAAGGGGAUGGAAGGCUUCAGAGCAGUUGAUCCUUGGUAAACAUCACUGAGUCCGUAUCAGAGAGGUUCUUAUAAAUGACAGGAUCACGGGAAGUUGUAUGGACAGAGAACCAGGCUCAACAACACAACCUCCACCGUAUUGGAAAAUUGAUUCAUGGAAGUGCGCACGUUUUAUGGGGAAUGGGUAUUUGUAAUUGCCCAAUUUGGCCAAUAAAAACAUUCAGUGGACACCUCAGGUCAAGAAAA